AUGAACGGAUACAAGCUAAUGCGCAAAAUCGUGCGCAACGACGCCAUCAAAUCCGAUCCUCCCGAAGUCUACAAUUGGCGCGCCUUUGCGCUUGCUGCUGCGGCAUGUUUUGGAGGAACGCUGUUCGGCAUGGACACUGGAAUCAUUAGUGGUGUAUUGACGCUUCCCGAUUUCAAGAAGUACGCCAACCUCUCCUCAACUACAAUUCUUCAAGUGUGUAUAGCUGACGAGAGCAGAGAAUUCGGUCUUAGUAACCUCGACUCCGUCGCCCGCGCAAACCUAUCCGCGAACCUGGUCACCACCGUCCAAGCAGGCGCCUUUGCUGGUGCGCUUGGUGCAUUGCCCUUUGCAGAAAGACUUGGCCGAAAGAAGAGUCUGUUGAUUGUUGCUGUGAUUGCGUUUGUUGGGCCGUUGUUGCAGGCUUUUGCUUAUGGGCAUAUUGCUUGUUUUUAUAUCGGGCGAUUUAUCGAAGGGCUAGGACUUGGAGGCGCGACCAUGUUGGCGCCGACGUACGUCUCUGAGAAUGCGCCGAGAGGUAUUCGUGGACUUUUGAUUGGGUUUUAUCAAUUGUUUGAGACGAUGGGUGCUAUGAUUGCGUUCUUUAUUGAUUAUGGCUCGCUUUUGCAUAUUCCGGGCCACGCAUCAUGGAUCGUCCCCCUAGCAAUGCAAGCGCUCCCUCCAGUACUGAUUUUCGGCAGUAUCCUCCUGUGCCCAGAAUCACCGCGCUGGCUCGCAAGCCAAGAUAACUGGGAAGAAACAACUAAGGUGCUUGUCAGUGUCCGCCAUCUCCCGUCCGACCACCCCUAUAUCCAGCAGGAACUACUCGAACUGCGCACAGCGCUAGAAGAAGAGCGUCGCUCAGCAGGCGGAAAUGGCUUCUGGGCCCUGCAAAAAGAAUGUUGGCUCAUCCCCGGCAACCGAAAUCGAGCUUUACUCUCGAUUGGAUUGAUGGUUUGCCAGCAAUGGACCGGCACAAACGCAAUAAACUACUACGCCCCCACAAUCUUCACCUCCCUCGGCAUAACCGGCGAAUCCAACAGCCUCCUCGCCACGGGGGUGUAUGGCAUCGUGAAAAUGGUUUCCUGCGGCAUCUUCAUCACCUUUUUGGCAGAUACCCUCGGUCGGCGCUGGUCCCUCGUCUGGACCGCGUUCGCAAUGUGGAUAUUUAUGUUCUAUCUCGGAUUCUAUGUGCGCUUCGAUGCACCGGCGACUGGCGCACCGAUUUCGUCGGCGGGGUAUGCGGCGCUGGUGAUGGUUUAUCUGUUUGCGGCUGCGUUUCAGUUUGGUUGGGGCCCCGUGUGUUGGAUCUAUGUCAGUGAGAUUCCGUCUAAUAGGCUGAGAGGAUUAAAUGUUUCGCUUGCGGCGGCGAGUCAGUGGUUGUUCAACCUUGUGGUUUCGAGGGUUACGCCUGUUAUGCUGGUUACGGUUGGUGGGAAGACAGGUUGGGGCACGUAUUUUAUUUACGGCUCUUUCUGUUUUGCGAUGGGUUGUCUUGCGUUCUUUUUGCCCGAGACUAAGGGGAUCUCGCUGGAACGAAUGGACGAGUUGUUUGGGGUUACCGACUUUUCGGCAAUUGAUAAUUUGGAGUUGGGCAAGAAGGAGCAGGCGAUUGAGAGCGUUCAUAUCGAGAACUAA